UCUCACAAGAAGCGGUGUUCAACCCUGGGUAGCAAGAGCAGCAACAGUUUUGCUAUGCUUUUCGGCGUGUUCUGCAGGUGAAAUUUGGGUUAAGUUGUGUUUAUUCGGGUAAUGUGGUGUUGGUUUUCGACAUUUUUCCCAACAUAACGAACAUAAGAAGAUGAUGUUUAGCCGCGUGCUAAGCAGGUAUCUCCAUGUGUCUGUACCAGUCAAUGGCGUCAACAAAGAAGCUCUCAUGGAGCUUCGCAAGAAAACAGGCUAUGCUUUCUCAAACUGCAAAAAAGCACUAGAGUCUUCAGACAACGACGUUAAAAAGGCGGAGAAAUGGCUGAAAGAAGAGGCCAAGAAACAAGGGUGGGCGAAAGCUGCACAAGUGAACAACAGGACGGCAGCGCAGGGGUUAAUAGCAGUACACGUUGACGGACAGUAUGCAGCAAUGGCUGAGGUUAAUUGUGAAACAGAUUUUGUAGCAAGAAAUGCAGAUUUCCAAGACUUUGCUUCACAAAUAAUCAAAGCUUCUGUUAAAUACGCUAAGAAGCUUCCAUCACUGUCAACUAUCGUCACCAAGUUGAGUCUCGGUGCUAAGGAGAUGGAGAAACUGCGCCUCAAAGAUGGCAAGCACUUAAAUGACGUCCGUGCUCUCACCGUGGGUCGUCUCGGGGAGAACAUUGUCUUGAAAAGGGUCUUGUGCAUACGUGUUGAUGCUCCACAAGUUCGUAUUGCUGGUUAUUGCCAUGCUGUUGGAGGGCCGUCAUCCCAUGACUAUCCUACCUUUGGUAAAUAUGGCUCUUUGGUAACGUACACUGAAAAUGAAGGCUGUCAGCUUGAUGACGCGGAACUUAAACAACUUGGACAAAACCUCUGCCAGCAAGUGAUCGGGAUGAAUCCAACUUCUGUUGGAUUAUUAGAAGAUUUUGUGAAGGCAAUGGAAGAUGAAGCCAAGGCAAAGGAAGCUAAAGAAGAGAAAUUGAAGGAGAAGGCAAAGGAGAAGAAGGAUGAAACUGGGGAGGCAGCUACUACACCACAGGCCAAGGAGGAAGAGGGAACAACAGAAGAGGAGGAAGGAACAACAGAAGAGGAAGAGGUCAGCGAGAAUCGUCUCCUUUUUCAGGAGUACGUUGCAAACCCUGACAUUAAGGUUGGGACGGUGGUGGCUGAUAGCCAAAUUGACAUCUUGGACUUCGUUCGCUUUGAGUGCGGUGAACCGGAACCGGUUGAGUAACUGCUGGUACUUUCGUGUAGGCAUCCUUUAGAAUUCACAAUUGUUGUUUGCAUUUUGGUGGUUGUUGAACAUUACAGACAUCACCUUUCCCUGUCUUUCUUUCCCCUAGGUCCCGCGACAUAUUGUCAGACAUUUUCGUUACUUUAACUAUGCUUUUUUCCGAAGGCAUGUGCACACAAGCAGAAAUGAAAUGUUUGUUGCAUGUACUUGCAGAUUAUGUCAUAUCCAUAAUAUUUAAGAGAUUUUGCGAGACGUUCUGCAGAGUAAUCUGAAACUGAACGACUGUGACAGAUGUGAAUCGUGCAGCUGAUGUUUCUUGGUGCUGUAUCUGCCACGUCCAAAGAAAACGUGUUCAACGCAUUUCCUCUUAUUCUUGUUACUGUACAGUACAGAAGCCCUUGUUGACUAUGUCAGUGUCUCUACUGUCAGGUGGAAUUAUUGUGUUGUUUAUUGUCUUCUGUGUUAUAGCUGUAAGUGCCUUAUAAAUUGUAGAUCACCAGUAGAUAGUUUCCUUGCACCACUGUACUUAUAGAACACUAUCAAUGCAUGCUCUACUGUCGGUUGUACACAAUGCUUUCCAAAGUCACAUUUUGAUAGUCUACACAACUGACACUUAUAAAAAUGCCCUGUCUACAACGUAGAAAUGUAAUAACUCAUGUUAAUGUGAGUAGCAUCCUUAUAAAAUAAAUAUCCUGUCUUCGA